AUGUCCAAAGUCGUGCGGAGCGUGAAGAACGUCACAAAAGGAUAUUCCUCAGUGCAGGUUAAGGUCCGAAAUGCCACUAGUAAUGACCCUUGGGGCCCUACGGGCACCGACAUGUCCGAGAUUGCCGCCAUGACUUUCGGGAGUCCAAACGAGUUCUACGAGAUCAUGGACAUGCUUGACAAGCGACUCAACGAUAAGGGCAAGAACUGGCGCCACGUGCUGAAGUCACUGAAGGUCUUGGACUACUGUCUCCACGAAGGCUCGGAGUUGGUGGUAACGUGGGCCCGGAAAAAUGUCUAUAUUAUCAAGACUUUGCGCGAGUUCACAUAUGUGGAUGAGGAAGGAAGGGAUGUUGGCCAGAACGUUCGCGUCGCAGCAAAGGAAUUGACUGCGUUGGUACUGGAUGAAGAUCGCUUGCGCGGUGAACGGUCAGAUCGCAAACUCUGGAAGACUCGCGUGAGCGGACUCGAUGAAGGCUACGGAAGCUCCAGCAUGGAACCGCCGCGCAGAGACCGACGCCGACGCAACGGGGACGACGACUCCGACACCGAAUACCGCUUAGCCAUUGAAGCCAGCAAGGCCGAAGCCGAGGAGGAGCGCAGACGACGUGCCAAGGAGACAAUGGCAACUCAGGAUGACGAGGAUCUUGCCAAGGCCAUCAAGCUUAGCAGGGAAGAGGAGGACCUCCGAAAGCGCGAAUUAGAAGAGAGCAACGCCCAAUCUCUCUUCGACGACACCCCGGCUCAAGUCCAGCCAACCGGCUACAACCAGGGCUACCAACAGCAAGGUGCUGUGGACUGGUUCGGCAACCCGAUCAACCCGCAGCAGCCUAUGACAACUGGUUACUUGAACAACCAGUAUGCGCAGCCGACAGGAUUCCAGAACCAGCCCACCGGCAUGAAUAACCCUUACGCCAACGGCUAUCAGGCGCAGCCCUCGGCCUUUGAUCAGAACCCUUACGGCCAGCAACAAAACAACCUUUUGCAACCGCAGGCCGCUCUUCAACCCCAGCACACCGCAUUCAAUCCUAACAACCCUUACGGCAAUAACCCUUGGGCCGGGAACCCAUCCCAGCAACUGCAGCCCGCAGAUGCCCUCAAGCCCAUGCCGACAGGAUCAAACAAUCCCUUUGCUCAGCGUACUCAAACACAGUUCAACAAACCUGCACAAACAGGCCCGCCGACACUUAAUUCCUUGUCGGAGGACCGUGCAACGAAUCAGUUUGCCCAGAACAAUGCGCAGUAUGGCCAAAGCUCGCAGUUCACCCAACCCACUCAGCCCAACCCGAUCGCCGGCUUCCAAGCCCCACAGCCACCCAAGAGUACCCCGCCACAGGACCCUCAUCAUGCUCGUCUCAACGCCCUUCUCGGGUCUGGCGAAGGCCAGGAUACCUUCGGCAACGUUGGAGAUCUCCGAAUCCCCGCACAGCACACAGCACCUGGCACAUUUGUCAAUUCUGCUGGUCAGGGUUUGGACCGCCUACACGCUACGCCUACCGGAAACCCAUUCUUCAAUCAACAAUUCACAGGCAUGCCGCAGCAGACCGGCUAUGUGCAGCAGCAGCAACAACCUGCUAAUAACAACCCUUGGGGAGGCCGGCAGCAGCAGCAGCCUGGCGGCGGUAGCCUGAUUGAUCUGUAG